AUGUCCGAUUCAGGCUCGCCAGAGACGCCGUCGUCGUCCUCGGGCUGCUCCGACGUCGUGACCACGACGCGGACGAAGCGGCGGCCCAUCCCCCGCAAGGGCCACACCAAGUCGCGCGGCGGCUGCGCCAACUGCAAGAAGCGCAAGGUCAAGUGCGACGAGGUGACGCCGGCAUGCGGCGCAUGCCGCCGCCUCGGCUACGACUGCCUCUACUUUGAGAACCGGCUGCAGGUCCGAGCCCGGCGCGAGGAGCAGCAGCAGCAGCAGCAGCAGCAGCAGCAGAUCAAGGCCAUCGUGGUGGCCAACCAGACGACGCCGGCCAAGACGCUGAGCUGCGACCCGUCGUGGUUCACGCUCGACGACAUGCGCUUCUUCCAGCACUUCAUCUUCUCGGCGUACCCGUCGCUGCCGUUGGACGGCUGGGACAUUUGGCGCGAGGUCUCGCAGAUGGCCCAUCAGUACGACUUUUUACUUCAUGCGAUGCUCGGCCUCGGCGCGUCUCACCUCUCGAUCAUCAGCCCAAGCUCGUAUAACCAGGCGGCGCUACGGCACCGCAUCACGGCCCUGGAAGGAUUCAAGAGGUUCAUAGGGACCGCUGGCCAAUCAAGGGAGCAUGCCGACGCCGCAUUUGCGACAGCUCUGGUCUUGACAUUCCAGGCUACUCAAAUGAGAGACGGCCUCAAUGACUUUUUAACCAUGAUCCGCGGCUGUAACCUCAUCGGAACUCAUGCCAUGGGGCAAUACGCAUUGUCGCGAUUCAGAACAUUCGAGAAGGAAUUGUAUCUUCAGAAGCUGACGGAAGUGGUACCUCUCGACAGACCGAUUCCGCACUUUGACGAGGAAGCAAUCAGAGGGUUCAUGGGGAGUCUGGAAAAUCUCGGCCCGCUGUGCCGCAGCAUCGAGGAGCUCCAAUAUCUGUCCAUUAUGCGGAGCAUUGCCACCUCAGCGCUGCAAAGCCCUGUAAACGCAUAUUAUGAGCAUACGCGCAUAUACGACGUGUUGUGCGACAUUGACGCCGAGCAAUUUCCUGCCUUCAUCGACGAGUCAAACUACACGGGGCGCCUUCUCAUCAUGCACAUGAUUGUGCUCGACUACGUGAUGGGUACGACCAUCCUACAAGAACGACGACAUGCGGCGCCGGUGUUGGUGCCGCAGAACGUCUACGAUUACAUCAAGAUGAUGCUAUUGACAUGGACUCAGCGAAUACAGGAGAAACUCCCAAACGAAUACAAACCAUAUGGGAUGUGGCCUGUCACGUUUACUCGACAAUGCAUCGACGAUGGGGAGAUGAAGUUGCUUGACAGCGGUGGCGAGACGGUCAAACUGGUUGGGGAGACGUUGCGAGAGUUGGUCUUGGACAAGUGA